AUGAUUUAAUUUACUUAGAAAUAGAAAUAAUAUCACUUGGGAAUAAGAAAGUGUUAGCUCAUUACCUAAUAAUUAAUCAGUAACAUGUUCGAUGAUUAAAGAAUCCAAUCAUAUUGGUUCGCAUAAUUAAAGAGAGUGGGCUAAUAAUUCUUAUUCCUUUACAAAAAAAUUAAGUAAUAUUUAAAAAAAGAAUCUACCUAACAAAUAAUGUAUGUCAUUUUUCUUAAAUGAAUGAAUAUAUGUCUAUAAUGUUUGGUAGGUGAGAGUUAUAAUAUUUGAGAAUAUACUAUAAAUUAAUAGCAAAAAUUUAAGUAGAAUUAGCAAUUGAUGAGUCUUAUUAGAAUAAUGAAAGAAUUA